CUUCUUAAAAAUAAAAAUAAAGCGCUCUCUCGGAACCUUAAUUUCCGGUCUCAGGGAAUAAAAAUAAAAAAAAUGCCGCCGAAGACAGAAAAAGAGCGGCCUCUCAACGUCGUAGAGGUAACCAGCAGCGAGGAUGAAGGCGUCGCCCGAACUGUCGCGACUCAGAAAGUGUGCUCAGUCACAACACCACCGCCGCCACUGCAAAUCUCCGGACCCGAUAUGCCUCAGAGUUCAGGGGCCAUCGAGCCGUCGGUAUUACCGUCCGAUGAAACCCUAGAGUCUCGAAGUUUCUGGAAGGCGGGGAAUUAUGCCGUUGGCCCCACCUCCAAACCCCUUGUCCAAAGUUCAUUGGAGCAUGCGCGUGUACAUCCGAAGUUUCUUCAUUCAAAUGCGACGUCGCAUAAGUGGGCAUUUGGGGCAAUUGCUGAGCUAAUGGACAAUGCUGUGGAUGAGAUUCACCGCGGUGCAACUUUUGUAAAGGUUGAUAAAAUUGAUGUAAUGAAGGAUAAUUCUCCAGCUUUAGUUUUUCAAGAUGAUGGUGGAGGAAUGGAUCCUGAAUUGAUCCGGAAAUGUAUGAGCUUGGGUUACUCAUCAAAGAAGUCAAAUACAACAAUUGGACAAUAUGGCAAUGGAUUUAAGACAAGCACCAUGCGACUAGGUGCUGAUGUUGUUGUUUUUAGUCGCUCAAUUCGUGCAAGCAAAGCGACACAGAGUGUGGGACUUCUAUCUUACACCUUCCUACGCAGAACUGGGCUGGAUGAUGUCAUUGUUCCAAUGAUUGAUUUUGACAUUUCUGGUCAUUGGGCAGAGCCAAUAAUUUACAGCUCACAGGAUGAUUGGUCUUCUAACUUGAAAACUAUCUUGGAAUGGUCUCCCUUUACAUCAAAGGAGGAACUGCUGCUACAGUUUGAUGAUAUUGGACCACAUGGAACAAAAAUAGUAAUAUACAACUUAUGGCUGAAUGAUGAAGGCAUAUAUGAACUGGCUUUUGAUGAUGAUGAUGAGGAUAUUCGACUGAGAGAUGAAGCUCUUCGUGGAGCUACAAAAUUGCAUAAAAAGAUUGCUGAACUUCAAUCCCAUAUUUCUUACUGCAUCUUGUAUUCGUUGAGGGCAUAUGCUUCAAUGCUGUACCUCAGAAAAUUUAAGAAUUUUCAAAUCAUAUUAAGAGGGAAACCUGUCCAGCAGUUCAAUAUCGCUGAUGAAUUGAGGUAUCCAAAGGUUGUAACAUACAAGCCCCAAGUAGCUACUGGAUUGAAAGAGUGUGCAGUGGAAACUACCAUUGGAUUUAUAAAAGAGGCCCCUUCUCUUGGAGUUUCAGGAUUUAAUGUCUACCAUAAAAAUCGCCUUAUCAGGCCCUUCUGGAAAGUGACUGGCGAUGGCUCUUCUAAAGGGAAUGGUGUUGUUGGUGUUCUUGAAGCAGACUUUAUAGAACCAGCGCAUGACAAGCAGGAUUUUGAGAGGUCAUCACUGUCUGUCCGGCUGGAAAAUAGGCUAAAACAGAUGGUCGCAGAUUACUGGAGAAACCAUUGUCACUUGAUCGGGUAUCAGGCCUUAGUUUCCUCUGCACGUGAUAAGCAAAAGGGGCACCCUGGUCAACCUCCUGUUGUGCAUGCAGCAAGCAUGGAGAAGCAUUUGCCUUCUUAUCAGCAUAAUAUUAGUUUUAAUUUGCAGGCAGAAGUUGAUGACCAAGCUGUUCAUAUUCCAGGCGAUGGCAAGCAGGAUUUAAGCGACAAGCAACCAGAUGUCGAAGUUCCUAAUGGACUCAUGUCAGAAGAUGAUCUUGAAUCCAUGUCGGUUGAUCAGAUAUGUGAAGAGAACAUAAAACUUUUUGGGAGGUGUGAGGAACACAGAAAGGAGGAGGCUGAAUUGAAACAGACGAUCGACAAACUGGAGAAGGAGUUGGAGGAAAUGAGAAAGAAGUGUGCCCAAAUUUCCUCACUCCUGGAGGCUAAACAGAAACUGAAGGUUAAAUAAAACUCUCAACCCAAAACUUAAAGCUGAUCUUCUCUACUAGUUUUAUUGUUUAUUGCUUCGUCAGCAUGGAAGGAACCAUUUUUGCACCCAAGCUACCCCAUGAUGUAAAGUUUAUUCUUGUUCCCUUGAUGUAUAUAGGUAUGACUUGCCCCUCAAAGCAUUGCCCUGUAUUUAUCCAGUUAAUUCCUAUCCUUUGGAGGAUUACAUAAUGGGCAUUCAUUACUUCAAAUUAUACUAUAUAGUUUCUAUUCAAACCA